GCAGUCGUUGAGUUAACAUAAACUUUUUGCAGGAAAAUGAACAUAACGUGUGACAUGCAAUUGGACAGACCCAAUGGGGUCUAUGAAGCCGGUCAGACCAUCAAUGGUCAUAUUUACCUUACGCUACCGGAACGUGCUCUAAUUAAAGCCAUUUUAAUGGAGGCCAAUGGUUUUGCAGCCACCGCGUGGCUAAAGCCCCACAAUGAAAAGAAACAAAAGGAAUCUCCGGCACAGAAACCACAAGCUCAAAAGCCACCAUUAACAUUUGAACAUCGUGUGGAUUAUUUUGCCAAAAUGGAUUACUUCGUAGGCUCUGAUGUUUCCUUGCCACAGAUUAUGGAGGCAGGAACCUAUAAUUAUGGUUUCACAGUGCAGUUACCCAAAAAUUGUCCCAGCAGCUUUGAAGGAUCUCAUGGACACAUUCGGUAUAUAAUUAAAGUCCUAAUACACAGCUCUGCCGAUCGUGGAGUGGAUGUGGCUCACACGCGUCAAUUGAAGGUCUUUCAACACAGUUGUCUCAAUCAUGAGAGUGUGGGAACUUGUGAAAUGCAACGCAUUGAGCGUACACCAUGCCUGAAAUUCUGGCAGAAACCAUUGCUACUACAAUUGGAGAUACCACGACGUGGUUAUGCUCCAGGUGCUGGCAUUUCGGUGCAUGUAAAGCUGAAUAAUCCACAGCGCCUUCAACUAACUGAGGUGAUCUAUAAACUGAAUAUGAUUGUGACCUAUGUGGGAUUGCUGCGUGAUAAGCCCAAGCGUAGUGAUCUUAAAAUCGAUAGACAAAACAUAUUGACCAGUAGCCAUCAAUUGACAAAUUUGCCGCGCGAAGAGUUGAUCUUUUUCCAACAUUUGCAUAUGUUGCAAGUGCCACAGACAGCGGCUUCGUUGAAUACCUCAAAUUGUGCCUGUAUCCAAAUCGGCUACGAAGUGGAAGUUACCGUAAAAACUUAUCAGGCCAAUCGUUCCAUACUGGCCCAAAUUCCAGUGAUUAUUGGCAAUGUAUUGCCAGCCUGUAUUAAGGAUAAUUUAAUUGAACCACGUUCGUUAGAACAACCGGAAGGAUCAGCACCAGAAUUGACUCCGGCUCCAGAAACAACUCUGAUGACAGCACCAAAUUUUAGUCAAUCGAUGACUUCUUUGGUCUCGAAUUUUCGUGAAGCUGAGUUCAUGACAGCCACAAAUCUAAAUAAGACCAACAAACAUGCCCUGUCCGGCGAUCAAUUGGACUUUAGGCCACGUUAUUUAUACUACCAAAUGGAUGGAGCUCAACUAACAGAUCCAGAAACAACUUUGAAAACUGAGUAAUUUAUAAUAAAUUUUAAUUUUAUUUAAUACAAAAAUGAGUCAAAACCAAAAAACUUUCAUCACAUCGAAUAUCAAGGAAAACUUUCAUUAAAAUCAAAUAAAAUAUAAAUUAAU